UGAAGCGAAAUCUAGUUUGGCACUUACACAAUGCUACAAAAGUACAAGUAAGCCUACGUGCACGUACGUGCAUGUACGUCCCGCGAUGGAAAAUCGAGGAAAUUAUAGCUUGGCGCGUUAGCCCUUCCGUUUAUUUCUACAUACAGGAGAAGUCUAGGGAAUAUACACCUUGUAACAGCGUGUGUAAUAAAAUGGCGGACGAUUCGAAGCCUGAUUCGACGUUCCUUUUCUGCAAAGAAAAUGGAGAAGCUAUGAGAUUCUUCCUGAGACCCUCUGCUACAAAAGCAAGACUGAGGCCAUUGAUUGAAGAAAGAGGUGGCAUGGUCAGUAGCAAACUCCAUGGCAACCAAGAAUGGAUCAAAUUGGCAGCAGAUGGAGAGAAGAUCAGUUCAGAUGACUACUACACAGUGCAGUACAUCGAUGACUGCAUAGCGGCCAAUCAGCUCCUUCCAAUGGACAAAUACAAAUUUCAUCAGCAACAGCCCAGGCCACCAUCCCCAACAAAUUCCGUCAUGACUAACAUCAGCAUUAGAGGGCGUAGCAAGUAUGACAGCAGUGAGGAUGCUGCUAUUAUUGCGUUCAUUGCCAAACACACAGAAUGCAGCUACUCUGGAAACCAAAUCUGGAAGAAGAUGGAAUUCCUCAAGAUAACAGACCAUAGCUGGCAGUCCAUGAGGGAUCGGUUUCACAAGAAGCUAGUGCAUAAAUUACCCAACUACAUCAAAUCGCAACAGGAAAAAGCUGAAAUCAACCUCACAUCCGACACUGAUGGUUCUGAAGACGAGGAAGCAAAUGCAACAACCUCAGCUGAAAGCCACAAAGGAGCUGAUCUGAAUACCCCCAGCAAAGACCAACGAAAAGGAACUGCCACCAACACUGGCCUCGGUGAUUCCAAAUCCCCACUAACGAGCCCAAACACAGAGAUAAACCGUUCAGAGAACGUCCUCGAAGUCAGCAGCGGGAGUGAAUCAGAUUUUGACGAAUACCUAUUCCAAGUUGCAGAGAAAAGCACCCCAAAGAAGCUGGGACGCAGCUUGGUGAAGAGCGCAAGAUCUAGUGACUCCCAUGGAGAUCGCCGCUGUGAGAGGAGAGAAAGGCCUCACAGAGCUCGCAGAGAUGCGUCAAAUGAGACAGGUGACCUCAGUAAGCUGAAUGGGCACCUUGGCACAGACGCUGCGGAUGACACAACAGAGGAUGACCUGCCCUCAAGCAAACGCAGGAGAAAGGACCACUCUGUCACCAGCAACACCGACGACUUGAUGGCUGGCAGCUUGACCGAGUCAGAGUCACAGACGUCAGAUUUUCCAACUUCUGAUUCAGAGUUUGAAGAGGGCGUCAACAAAGUUGUUUCAUUUGUGAAGGAGGCUAUGGAUGACUACUCUGUGCCAGCUAAGACAGUUGUCCAACUGCUGUACAUUCACAGUGGGGACUUUGAUAGCGUACUGAAACACCUACAGACUGGACGGUAUCCUGAAGGCAUACCUUAUUGGACCAAGGAGGAUGACAAGAAGUUGAACAGCUCCAACCCCAAAGACAUCCAGGAGCUGUGCGGGAUGUACGGCCAGGAGGCAGUCAUGAAGCGCCAAGCUUUCUUCAACUGAAGUGGAGAAGAAAGACCACAAAGCAAAAACUGACCGUGUAUGAGAUCUCUUCUCAUUCAGAAUCAUGUUGUAAAUGCCAUAUUCCUCUAUAUUAAUUGCUUCACAAAAUUUGUUCAAGAUUUCAUCAUCAAAGAUACAAUUCGUGCAUUAAUUCCAAGGCCGUCAUAGAAAAAAAGAUGCCUUCUUAUCUUCACAAUUGUUCCUAAAUUAAAAAAAAGAACAAACAAAACAAAGCAUGUCUGAAUGAUGAUAAGACUUUCCCUGUCGACAGACCAUUUAAAGGAACAUUCACAAGUGAAUUCUCAAGAAAGGUGGCACACAAAGUGAUUUGUGAAGAAAACUGAAAACAGGCUGCCAUAUCAAUGUAAUCUUUGUUUAACCUGAAUAGAACUGAGGUUUUCAAGGAGAGACCCAGACACACAUUUAUCGGGGGCAAAUGUUUUGCAUUCGGGGUAAAUUUUAGGAAUUUCUUUAAACAACCUUUUGUGGCCUUUCUUGGGGUGAGGCCAAAAAAUGGAGGGGGGGUUACAUGUUUUUGGAAA